GGCGGAGUCAAUGGAGUCUGGGGGCGUGAGCGGGUCAGGGACCGUCUGCCGCUGCCGCCGCGAUGGGAGUGAAGCUGGAGGUGUUCCGGAUGAUGCUGUAUCUGACAUUCCCUGUUGCUAUGUUCUGGAUUUCAAACCAGGCAGAAUAUUUUGAAGAAUAUGUAGUCAAACGGAAGAGGGAGAUCUAUCCACCUGAAAAUGAUUACCAGAGAAAAGAGCUAGAAGACUUCAAAGAGCGGAUGCGGAAGAAGCGGGAGGAGCGGCUGCUGCAAAUGGCAAAGGAGUAAUGGCAUGGCUUGUUAUAUCUCAAAUGUGAAGCACUUUCAAGAAAUUUGCCAUCACUAUAGUCCUUUUCAGUUUAAACUGAUUGUGUUCUUCCUAAAGACUCUGUGAUGACAGAAUGAAGAGACUUGCAAUACAGAUCUACAUGGUAUUCCCCAGUAAUGAUUCUGUAUGUACCUAAUAGAGCCUUUGAGGCUAAUAUUGGAGAGUGAGAAGAGGACACAGAUUAUGGUCAGCUGUUUCUGUCAUUUUUCCUGCCUCUUGAUGUACACAGCUUUUGACAUUUUAGCUUCACUUUGACUCUUCUCUCAUUUGAGUGACUUUGAAUAAAAACACUAUACAAGAAGA